AUGGGCCAAACAAAAAAAGUUGAAAAGUAUGUCAUGAAACUCUGGUCGUGGUCUGAGAUAUGUGCUGCAGCGCCACUACAGACCUUCACGUUGCGCACUACUGAGGAUCUUUGGGAUGCCUAUUGGCGAUUUGGUCCAUCCGCACGAAUUGUAUACGACGCAGACCCUCUGCAGCACGAAAGCGCCAUUCGUAAUGCCUUAGUACAGUGUCAAAAACUGGACAUUCUGUUCCCACAAGGAGACCUCGAUGAUAACGACUCUGUCAACAAUGUAUUGGUGGCUGUAGGGCCGGCAAUCGUAGACGGGGUUAUCCACAGAAACUUCCUCUCCGGAAAGAUUGCAACUCCAUACAUUAUGAGUAUGGUUCACAAGGAGGCACAGCAUCUGUUAAGAUGA